UGUAUGGGUGCUCAGGCUGGGCCUUUGUCUGCAGGCUUGCGGAGGGAGGCAAGACGGGCCAGUGACCACAUUCCUGCACUCUGGGCUGCCUCCGAUGGGGCCCUGGAGGGAGCCGCAGCCCUCCCCAUUGCGUGCAGGGCCUGGGCUGUGUGGGUGGUUCUCCCGAGUCUCCUCCAGCCCUGUUUUUGGGCCUGAUUCUCUGACCCUUCCCUCUCUCCUUACCACUUGGCACUUCACUCCUUAUCCUUUUGCUGCAUUAGGUUUAGAAAGAGAUUUUGGAGAAAAAUAUAGCCCCUGCCGAUGAGUUUCUCCUCCUUUCAGGGCCUGUGCAGGCUUGUGCCAUGCCCCCCCUCUUCCUCCCCGACAGCCAGCGCCGGCCACAUCCUCCCUGCACCUUGUCUGCUUUCCCUGCCUCUCCCCAGGCUCCGGGUCUGUGCCCACAGUGUCCUGCCUGGCCCUGGCGCCGCCUCUGGGUGCCCACAUUCCUGCAACCCCGUGACCACAACAGGGGCCAUUACACAUUCCUGGCCUGGCAGCCAAUGGUGUAAAACAGAACAGAAUGUCCUAGGGCCCUGCCCAGCCCCCAGCCUUACCUGGGCCCCUCCCUGGGUCUGGACAAGGUUGGAGGGGGUGGUGAGGAAUCAGCAGGAAAGAGGAUGGACCAGGUGGAGACAGAUGCACCCCACCUGAGUGUGCUGCUCCCCCACCUGAAUGAGCGGGGAGGAGACUUACAGAGACCUCUUCUCUCUUCUCUCCAGGGCCUGGGGGUGAGGCUGACCUGUGAGUGCCCUUGGAGGGUUUCCCACUUGCAGAGACUCUAGCCCCUGGAAGCACACUUAGGACUCCCCCCUUGCACUCCUACCUGAGAGAGGCUCCCUUUGGGGCCGGUUCCUUCUCUUUGCGGCCCCAUCUCCACCUCUUCUCACUCGGUGCCCCCCCAUCCCUGUCUCUCCAUCCUGCGCUGUCCGCUGUCCCUCACUAUUAUCUCCCUUUUUCUGUCCUCCCGUCCUCUGGGUUCCCCGCCCAGGCCCUCUCAACCUGGCUGGCCCCUUCUCUUUGUGCUGCCCUCCAGGCUGUGGGCUCGGCAUCCUGCUACUUAUUCAGAUCUUUGCCCCUCACCCUCCAUCCUGUCUGCCAGCCUCCUUGCCUAUCAGCUCCGAAUCAAAAUCCCUGCCCAGAGUCCGCCUUCUCAGGUCCAGUACUCCGGGUUCACCUGCCCUCUGGAGCCCUCCUCCUUUCGGAAAACUCCCAGCUCCGACUCCUACUCGGCCCCUCCCCACGCCCUGCUCACCUUUAAUUGAGAUGCUAAUGAGGUUCCUGUCGCUUCCAUCCCUGGCAAGCCGGCAGGCGGGCUCCCCAGUCAGGCCGCUGCACCUGUCAGGUGAGGGGGAGGAGAGGCUUGGCUGCCAGAUUCAACUGGAAAGGAACCAGUCCCAGUCCAGCCGCAACCUGGGAGUGGGAAGCUGGAGGCAGCCCAGACCUUCCGAAGCCCUGCUGUCCUAGGGCGGAGACGGAAUCAGGACACAGCUCGAGGUCAGGGCCAGAGGGUGGAGUCCACCCCGGGGCUCAUGAAGGGGGACAAGCUGGAGGAGCAGGACCCUAAAGCUCCGCAGCCCACGCCAGGGCUCAGGAAAGGGGACAAGCUGAAGGAGCAGGACUCUAGCCCUCCACAGCCCACCCCAAGGCCCAGGAAGGGGGACAAGCAUGAGGAGCAGAGGCUGGGCCCCGAACCGGCGGCGCCCCAGCAGCCCACGGCGGAGGAGGAGGCCCUGAUCGAGUUCCACCGCUCCUACCGAGAGCUCUUCGAGUUCUUCUGCAACAACACCACCAUCCACGGUGCCAUCCGCCUGGUGUGCUCGCAGCACAACCGCAUGAAGACGGCCUUCUGGGCAGUGCUGUGGCUCUGCACCUUCUGCGUGAUGUACUGGCAAUUCGGCCUGCUGUUCGGGGAGUACUUCAGCUACCCCGUGAGCCUCAACAUCAACCUCAACUCCGACAAGCUCGUCUUCCCCGCGGUCACCAUCUGCACCCUCAACCCCUACAGGUAUGCGGAGAUUAAAGAGGAGCUGGAGGAGCUGGACCGCAUCGCCGAGCAGACGCUCUACGACCUGUACAAGUACAACUCCACCGCCCUCGAGGCCCGCUCCCGCGGCCGUCGCGACCUUCGGGGCACUCUGCCGCACCCCCUGCGGCGCCUGAGGGUCCCGCCCCCGCCCGACGGGGCCCGUCGUGCCCGUGGCGCGGCCUCCGGCGUUCAGGACCACAACCCCCAAGUGGACAGGAAGGACUGGAAGAUCGGCUUCCAGCUGUGCAACCAGAACAAAUCAGACUGCUUCUACCAGACGUACUCAUCAGGGGUGGAUGCAGUGAGGGAGUGGUACCACUUCCACUACAUCAACAUCCUGUCAAGGCUGCCAGAGACUCUGCCGUCCCUGGAGGAGGACACGCUGGGCAACUUCAUCUUUGCCUGCCGCUUCAAUCAGGUCUCCUGCAACCAGGCGAAUUACUCUCACUUCCACCACCCGAUGUAUGGAAACUGCUAUACUUUCAAUGGCAAGAACAACUCCAACCUCUGGAUGUCUUCCAUGCCUGGAAUCAACAAUGGUCUGUCCCUGAUGCUGCGCACGGAGCAGAACGACUUCAUUCCCCUGCUGUCCACAGUGACUGGGGCCCGGGUAAUGGUGCACGGGCAGGAUGAACCUGCCUUUAUGGACGAUGGUGGCUUUAACUUGCGGCCUGGCGUGGAGACCUCCAUCAGCAUGAGGAAGGAAACCCUGGACAGACUUGGGGGGGAUUAUGGCGACUGCACCAAGAAUGGCAGUGAUGUCCCUGUCAAGAACCUUUUCCCUUCGAAGUACACGCAGCAGGUGUGUAUUCACUCCUGCUUCCAGGAGAGCAUGAUCAAAGUGUGUGGCUGUGCCUACAUCUUCUAUCCGCGGCCCCAGAACGUGGAGUACUGUGACUACAAGAAGCACAGUUCCUGGGGCUACUGCUACUAUAAGCUCCAGGCUGACUUUUCCUCGGACCACCUGGGCUGUUUCACCAAGUGCCGGAAGCCAUGCAGUGUGACCAGCUACCAGCUCUCUGCUGGUUACUCACGAUGGCCCUCGGUGACAUCCCAGGAAUGGGUCUUCCAGAUGCUAUCCCGGCAGAACAAUUACACCAUCAACAACAAGAGGAAUGGAGUGGCCAAAGUCAACAUCUUCUUCAAGGAGCUGAACUACAAAACCAAUUCCGAGUCUCCCUCUGUCACGAUGGUCACCCUCCUGUCCAACUUGGGCAGCCAGUGGAGCCUGUGGUUCGGCUCCUCGGUGCUGUCUGUGGUGGAGAUGGCUGAGCUCAUCUUUGAUCUGCUGGUCAUCACGUUCCUCAUGCUGCUCCGAAGGUUCCGAAGCCGAUACUGGUCUCCAGGCCGAGGGGGCAGGGGUGCCCAGGAGGUGGCCUCCACCCCGGCAUCGUCCCUCCCCUCCCACUUCUGCCCCCACCCCACGUCUCUGUCCUUGUCGCAGCCGGGCCUUGCUCCCUCCCCAGCCUUGACAGCCCCUCCCCCUGCCUAUGCCACCCUGGGUCCCUGCCCAUCUCCAGGGGGCAUCACAGGGGCCAGCUCCUCUGCCUGUCCUCUGGGGGGGGCCCUGAGAGAGGAGAGGUUCCUCCCACCAAGGCAGAUGCUCCCCUGGUGGGAGGGGCUGGCCUUGGAGGACUGAAGGAUGUGCAGGGCUUCCACUCAGAGCAGCCCAAACUGUCUUUGAUGUGUGGAGGGGAAGGAGGUGGGUAAGGGGUUCAGGAAGUUGCUCCAAGAACAGUGGCCAAUGAAGCUGCCCAGAAAUGCCUUGGCCCUAGCUCCAUGCCCCUUGGAACUGGCUCUGAGCACUCUGGUUUCCCCACUCAACUGCAGACAAGUCUCCUUUUCCCUUGAAUCAGCCAAGCCAAACUUGGAGCUUUGACAAGGAACUUUCCUAAGAAAUGACUGAUGACCAGA